AUGACGCUUAAUUUAAGAUGCAAGGUGGUAGAACCAUCCUGGAAAGUAUUGCAACACUAUGCCUCGUAUGUGAGAAAUACAGCUGCAGUGUCGCUCGUACGCCAUCAUGCGAGGUUAUCAACAUCAACUAACCUUACAUCGAAAGCUGCAGAGCCAAUUACGGCUCUCUCUGAAUUUCCAGUGGAAAAAAUUCGCAAUUUUAGCAUAAUUGCGCAUAUUGAUCAUGGCAAAAGUACUUUGGCGGAUAGAUUGCUUGAAAUUGCAGGAGUUAUUCCAAAAUCAGCAGAAAAUAAACAAGUUUUAGACAAGCUGCAAGUAGAGCGAGAGAGAGGAAUAACUGUAAAGGCUCAGACUGCCUCUAUGCUUUACGAAUAUCACGGUGAAACCUAUCUCCUUAAUUUGAUCGAUACACCUGGCCAUGUUGAUUUCAAUUACGAAGUAUCGAGAUCGCUUGCCGCCUGCCAAGGUGUACUUCUAGUUGUGGAUGCAUCUCAAGGUGUUCAAGCUCAAACUGUUGCUAAUUUUUUCUUAGCUUUCGAGGCAGAUUUGAAGAUCAUUCCUGUCCUUAAUAAGAUUGAUAUGAAAAGCGCUAAUCCCGACCGAAUAGCUAAUCAACUACAAAGAGUAUUUGAUAUUGAACCUGAAGAAACUAUGAAAGUAUCUGCUAAAGAUGGCACAGGCAUUGAUCAGCUUCUACCAACAAUUAUCGAAAAAAUACCACCACCGACAUGUGAUCAGCAAAAGCCUUUGAAAGCGUUAUUGUUUGAUUCAUGGUAUGAUCGUUAUCGAGGCGUCAUAGGCUUGUUAGCAAUCAAGGAUGGAAAAUUAACAAAAGGCGAAAAGAUUCAAUCGGCUUUUAGUAAGAAGCAGUACGAAAUUCUCGAUUUAGGAAUUCUCUAUCCGAAUGAGAAAUCAACAAAAACAUUAGGAUCUGGGCAAGUUGGUUUUAUCGUAGCUGGGAUGAAAAGCACGAAAGAAGCUCAAAUUGGAGAUACAUUUUGUCAUGUGAAUUGUCCUGUAGACGCACUACCUGGAUUUAAGCCAGCUAAAUCGAUGGUAUAUGCAGGACUCUUCCCAUUCAACAAGUCAGAAUUUGAAGUUUUACGGAGUGCCAUACAUAAGUUGACUCUAAACGAUUCCAGUGUUAGUGUACACAACGAUAACAGUGCUGCGCUUGGCCCAGGUUUUCGUCUUGGAUUCCUUGGAUUAUUACACAUGGACGUUUUUAAUCAGCGACUGGAGCAAGAAUAUGAUGUGUCGGUAGUUAUCACUUCUCCAAAUGUUCCGUUCAAGGGCAAGUACAGAUAUGCAUCCAUUUUACGUAAAGAACACGAAGAAAUGGUUAUAACCACGCCCUCACAGUUUCCAGAUAUCGCUCAGGUUGUAGAAUAUCUCGAGCCAGUGGUGAUGGGAACUAUCAUAUUUCCGGAUAAAUAUAUGGGGAAAAUGCUGAAUUUAUGCCAGAGUAAAAGAGGGCAACAAGUAAAUAUUUCCUAUAUCGAUGAAACGAGAGUAAUGUUAAAAUACAUUUUACCUUUACACGAGAUUGUAAUUGACUUCUAUGAUCAAUUAAAAUCGCUUACAUCCGGUUAUGCAAGCUUUGAUUAUGAAGAUCAUGGUUAUAGAUCGGCUACUCUAGCUAAGAUGGAGAUACUACUAAACGGAACUCCUGUAGAUGCUUUAACAACGGUAGUACAUGAGGAAAAGGCUCGUAUUACGGGUAAACAAGUAUGUCAAAAACUGAAGGAGGCAAUCCCAAGACAACUAUACGAAGUUGCGAUUCAAGCUACAAUUAGAGGCAAAGUGGUAGCACGAGAGACGAUUAGAGCUGUUCGAAAGGAUGUGACAGCAAAAUGUUACGGUGGCGAUAUUACUCGAAAAUUGAAAUUACUCAAACGCCAAAAAGAAGGUAAAAGCAGACUAAAAAUGAUUGGUAAAAUAGAAGUUCCUAAAGAAGCCUUCCUGGCUGUACUGAAAAGAUAG